AACGUAUUUUCCUCUUUACAAUUGAUCUCUAAGACUUACGAAGUUCUCUUAACAUACUCACCUCAACACUCAAAGAUGGCGACUUCAACAAAUCAAGAGGAUCAUUGGGAUUCGAACGCUUACCAGAGCUCCGCUUCGUUUGUCCCCAAGUUGGCUACGAAAGUUGUUAGUUGGAUGAGCGUUGAUAAGGAUGAUGUUAUUCUGGAUCUUGGUUGCGGCGGUAAGUCUACUUUCCUGAUCAAUGACUUUGGACUCGCUGGAAGAAGCGUUCUCUAAUCUCGCAUUUCAGAUGGCGUUCUCAAUAUCCAAAUGGCACAGGUCCUAGCCAGCGGCACUACCGGUCGUAUCCAUGGUGUCGACAGCUCCGCAGCGAUGAUUGAAGCAGCUAAGGAGGCGGCCGAAAAGGCUGGUGUCUCAAACAUCUGCACUUUCGACGGUAUGUAGCAUUCAAUUUCAGAGACCAAUUCUGUUUUUACUGACAUACUGCAGUCCUUGAUGCUACCAAAGUCAUUGAUAAUUCAUCUUUAGCAAACGGCUCCUACAACAAGGUUUUCUCCAAUGCUGCCAUGCAUGUAAGUGUGUUUCAAAACAGAUCCCACAUUCUCUAAAGUUGACUUCCCCAUUACAACACUUGAAAGGCAUUACUGACAUGGAUGGAAGUGGAUUUUGACACCAGAAGCCACACGCAAUGACUUCUUCAAGGGUGUUCACGCUGCUUUGAAGCCAGGUGGAGUUUUCGUCUUCGAAAUGGGCGGAAUGGGAAACUGUGCGGAGUGAGUUACCCUCCUCUCGUGAUUUGACUUGAAAAUGUGCUGACCUUUUCAGGAUGCGUUCCACCUUCCUCGCUCUUCUUGCUCCCCGCAUUGGAAUCGAAGCUGCCAGAGCUGUUGAUCCAUGGUUCUUCCCCGACCAGGCAUGGAUGAAAACCACCCUUGAAGCCAACUCGUUCCAAGUUCAGAAAUUGGAAUUGGAAUAUCGCCCCACUAAAACUGACAAAGGUGGUAUCCUCGGCUGGUCUAAACUCAUGGGCAAGCAAUUCUUUGAUGCUGUCGAGGCAAAGUUGGGCAAGGAGGAAAGAGAAAAGUGUGAGCAAGAGGCUGCAAGCAUUUUGAAGACUGUUUGCGCUAGCCAGACUGAGGGUGGUGGUGGUUAUCUCGGCUAUGUCCGUUUGAGAGGAUAUGCUGUCAAGAAGGCUUGAAGUUCCUGAGUUGCUGGGGUAGAUUUUCUGGUGAAUCUGAUGUGUCUUCAUGGUUUCUUGUGCAUCGGGCUCAAAUUAGAUAGAGCUACUUGGACCAUGCAGGCCAGAGCUAUCGCGGCUCGAUUCAAUAUCUGUAGAAAGACUAGAACUAGACACGUCUAUAUUUCGGGAUGAGUUUAAUAAAAUCCUUC